CUGGCUGGGCCCGGCCACCCAAGAGUCGCCUUCCGCUCUCGGCUGCGGGCCUGCUGCUCCCAGCCCGCGGCGGCGGCGUUAGCGGGCGGCAUGCGUGUGUGAGAUGCGGCCGCGGGCAGUCCGGACGCGAGCAGCGGCCCCCGCGGCAGCGGCGAAGACAAGCGCGGCCUCCUCAGCGGCGGGCGCGCAGUGCAUGAAGGCGAGCACGAGGGCUCUGGGCAGCAGCCGGCCACGCCGCCUCCAUAAACACUUGUUUAGGACUCGUUCGCCCCGCUGAGGCCCCGGGUGCCCCGUUCAUGGAGGCCCCGUCCGACUCCGAAUCCCACGCUUCGGCCUCGGCCGCGGCGCCGUUGCGUGCCCCGGAGGUGGCGCGGCUCCGCGAGGAGCAGGAAAAGGUGGUCACUAACUGCCAAGAGAAAAUCCAGCAUUGGAAGAAGGUAGAUAAUGACUAUAAUGCCCUUCAAGAAAGACUCAGUACUUUACCUGAUAAGUUGUCUUAUAAUAUCAUGGUACCAUUUGGCCCCUUUGCCUUCAUGCCAGGAAAACUUGUUCAUACUAAUGAAGUCACUGUUUUACUUGGGGACAACUGGUUUGCAAAAUGCUCAGCAAAGCAGGCUGUAGGUUUAGUUGAACACCGGAAAGAACAUGUAAGAAAAACAAUAGAUGAUUUAAAAAAAGUGAUGAAAAAUUUUGAAUCCAGAGUUGAAUUCACAGAAGAUUUGCAGAAAAUGAGUGAUGCUGCAGGUGAUAUUGUUGAUAUAAGAGAAGAAAUUAAAAGUGACUUUGAGUUUAAAGCCAAACAACGAAUUGCUCAUAAACCUCAUUCCAAACCAAAAACUUCAAAUAUUUUUGAAGCAAAUUUUGCAAAUGAAGUAAAAUCUGAGAAUUUGCUUGCUGAUAAGGAACUGUGGGCUCGACUUGAAGAACUAGAGAGACAAGAAGAAUUGCUGGGUGAACUUGAUAGUAAGCCUGAUGCUGUGAUUGCAAAUGGAGAAGACACAACCUCUUCUGAAGAGGAGAAGGAAGAUCAAAACACAAAUGUGAAUGUGAUACAUCAAGAAACAAACUCCCUUACUCCCAGCAGUUAUCAUAAGGAUGUUACACAUUCAGAACAAUUCAAUGGACAAGUGAAUAGUCAGUUGAACUGUUCAGUAAAUGGUUCAAGUUCUUGUCACAGUAAUGAAGAAUAUGAUGAAGACAACAGUGAUGAUGGUUAUAAUGAAAAUGACCAUAAUGCUUUAGGGAUUGGAGAUAAUUCUGUACCAACAAUAUAUUUUUCUCAUACUGUUGAACCUAAGAGGGUUCGAAUAAAUACUGGAAAAAAUACCACUUUAAAAUUCAGUGAAAAGAAAGAAGAAGCCAAACGUAAACGAAAGAACAACGCUGGAAGUGGUCAUUCUGCUCAAGAGCUGCCUACAAUCAGGACUCCUGCUGACAUUUACAGAGUCUUUGUUGAUGUUGUGAACGGAGAAUAUGUUCCUCGUAAAUCUAUCCUGAAGUCUCGAAGCAGAGAAAAUAGUGUUUGUAGUGAUACCAGUGAAAGCAGUGCUGCUGAAUUUGAUGAUAGGCGGGGAGUUUUGAGGAGUAUUAGCUGUGAAGAAGCCACUUGUAGUGACACCAGUGAAAGCAUUUUAGAAGAAGACCCACAACAAGAAAAUCAUCAAAAGAAACUUUUGCCAUUAUCAGGAACAUCUGAGGCUUUUUCUGGAACUGUAAUAGAAAAAGAAUUUUUAUCCUCUUUAACACCACACCCAGCCAUUGCUCAUCCUGUACUACCCACCAUUCCGGAACGAAAAGAAAUUCUGUCAGAAGUAUCAGAAGAACCUGCAAAAAGGGUUUCAAAGUUCAAAGCUGCCAGAUUGCAACAGAAAAACUAGGAAAUGGGAGUUUACAUCCUAAAACCUAGUUGUGCAUUUUUAGAAUGUAUAAGCAAAAUAUGUUACAUGUAGUUUGAAAUAAGGUGUUUUGAGUUAGUUUGGUAGCAAGUUCUCUUAUCAGUGAUAUUACAAAAAUCAUAGUAAAUGUUUGAAUACAUUAAUAUUCAGCUUGUUUUGUUAAUUCUCUGACUACUAAGUUGGCCUUACAAUUUUGAAUUAUUUUUCAAAGAACACAGUUCAUAUGCAUUGCUUUUGUGUUUUAAACUAAAUACAAGCAGUUUUGUACCAGCUGUGAUGUUGUGUGUACCAUAUGGACCAUUUAAAAGAAUCUUUUAAGAUAUCAAAUAGAUUCAACAAUUAUAUUACUUGCUUUUGCAUUUUAAAGGCACUUUAAAAAAAAUCUACUUCCCUUAUAGGUUUUGUAAGCUAGGUGGCUAUUUAAAAGAAAGAAAGAAAGAAAAACAAACAAACAAAAACCUCUUCCCUUUGAAUGUCAUACUGUAAUCCUUAAGACAGAAAGCUACAUGUACCCCAUGGGAAAGUUUCUUUGACUGGAAGAAUGAUAUUUUGUAAAGUAUUUCUUUUCAAGUAAAAAUUUUAUGAAACUUGGUCUCUAAAAUGUUGCGAACUUUAUGAUUUAGAACUGAAUAUGGAAAUGUCUUUGAUUCAUAUGUGUAUAUACCACACAACAGAUUCUUGAAUUCUUAUAAUUCCAUAGGAACUACUUCUCCCCCUUCUGUAUAGUUUUCACUGGGAUUACCUUUGGGAGAGAAGGAAAGUUUGUCUAGAUGCUUUAAAAAAAAAAAAAUGAAUGAAUGAAUGAAUUUUUCAAAUAAAAUUUUCUUAUGUUUUAAUCUUUCCAACAUUUUCAUUCUUUAAGCCUACUUUACUACUAGUAAAUAACUAGAUAACAUAUUUACUUUGUUACUUUGUAGUAAAAUUCCUUAAAGAUAAAUUUAGUCUAACAUUGAAAAUUAUACUGCAAGUGUUAAUAAUUAGCUUGAUGCAUGCUAAAAUGUAGCUUUUAAAAAGCAUUCUGCAUUAGUACUAAAAUAAGCCAUCAAUGCCAGUCCACCCUCUAUUCAUGGCUAAAUAUUUAAGGGUUAUUUAUAGCUUCUUUAAUGAAUUCUUGCUUAAACAAAGUGAAAUUAUGUCCUAGAAAAGUAGAAGCUAUUUGUAACUAGAACAGCACAACUGUAAAAAGUUUUAUGAAUAUGUAUUUUAAUGAUAAAGGGGUGAACUUGAAUCCCCAGUAAUUAAUGGAUCAUUUAGAACAGAGAACUGAUUUUGAAAGAUCACCUAAAAAUGUAGAAAAUUUGUUCUUUAGUCAGUUCUGAUCAGCUGUAUGUUUUGUAGUUAAAAACAGGUUUUCUUUCAGUUCACCCUGUUCAUAAACCAAAUAGUGCAAACCACUCACAAAGGAGUUCUCCCUGUCUUUCUCAAUUGCUAUUUAAGUGAACCUUUCUGUGUUAACCCCCACUCCCCGCCCCUGGUUAGAACAAACUUUAUUGUAGGACUGUGGUGGUAUUUAGAGAUGUAUAAUUUCAAGAGUAUUGUCAUUAAAUAUUUUUUCAUGUUUAUGAACUUCA